AUGCGGCAAGAGGACUUUAACCCGGAACAGACUGGGAAGCGUAUCAUCCUAUCACGAAGUUAUACAGGGGGCGACCGAUUCAUGCUGCAGUUGUUCCAGGAUUCCAUGGCUAUAGUCCGCCAAUUUGGGCGUCCCUCACUAUUUGUUACCUUUACUGCGAAUCCAAAGUGGGAAGAGAUUACUGCGGAGUUUCUACCGGGGCAAACUGCUGUUGAUAGGCCAGAUUUAGUUGCGAGAGUGUUCCAUCUCAAGCAACAACUCCUCCUCCAAGAAAUAAAGCGUAAACAAAUCUUUGGUCGCUAUCUUGGGUCUGUAUGGACCAUCGAGUACCAGAAAAGAGGGCUGCCACACAUGCAUCUACUGAUAUUCCUUCAUCCAGAUGAUCGCUUUCUGACAGCAGAGAGAAUCGACGAAAUUGUGUACGCAGGAUUACCGGACCCCGCGACUGAUCCUACGGGGGAACUCAAUGCAAUCAUUAAAAGUUGCAUGGUACACGGUCCAUGUGGAGAGGCCAAUAUGCGAUCACCCUGCAUGGCUUCAAAGGAGAAUGGGGGACCAACUUCAUGUUCCAAACGUUACCCCAAGGCCUAUCAAUCAGAAACAGUUGUACAAGAGGAUGGCUAUCUGAAGUUUGUAGUGUGGGAGAAAAUGACUUGA